UGUCUGUGAAAAUGUCCAGAGAAAUCCUGACAAUUGUUUAGUAUGGCAGUUGUGAAACCAAGGAUCAGACUUUCCCUGGCACAUUUUUUCCCCCUCCAGUCAUUUAAAGAGUUUGGAGGAAGGAUGUUUUUGUCUCAUAGCUUUAAGCAAGUUUCAGUAAAGAUAUAAAGUCAGUGUAAUUGGCCUUAGGUCAAUAUUGGCCAAAGGAUUACUGGUACUUCUUUUUCUCCAACAUCUUGGGGGUGUGGAGAAGAAUUCCUGCUCGGUAUAAAGUUUGCUCCUUCCUCUGUGUCAUAGCCGAAGUUCAAGGUCCAGGUGCAUCUCUAGACACCAUCUGGCAUACCAUAGCCUUUUAAUGGUAUCAUGUGAAAAACAACCCCAGACAGAAACUCCCAGAUAGAUACUGGGCACCUGAUGGGGGAAUUCCAGCGAGGUCACUCCCUCAGCUUCUUUGAAAAGAGGGAAAGAAUGCUGUGGCUAAACAUUAACCCAUUUCUCUGAAGUAGAUCCUGUGUGAGGAGUGAAGGUUUCAUGUCUUAUGCCAACUGAGGAUGAAAGUGUCUUCCUUAGAGUGACUGAGUAUACAACUGCAAACAGCAUAGGGGAGCUCCCAGCAGACAGAGAGCAGACACAAUUGACCUUGCAAACAUCAGAGAGCCCUAAGAGAGAAAACUCCUCCUGGGGACCUUCAUGGGUAACUGCAGGAAAGCAGCUGCAUUUGCCUGACCUGAUGGAGGAGCACAUGGAAGGUGACAUUGAAGGAUGUGGGCUCUCCCUGUUGCUGGAAGCAAUGAGAUCAGCCUCCCAUGAGGUGACCCCCCCCCGGAGUCCAGCAGGGACCCUGCUUUGCUUUCUGGUGACAUCCCAGGGAAACAUUGUGGCUGUCCACUGUGUCAUCCCUCAGUCUUGCCUCAACCCAUAAAACAGAGAAUCCUUUUCUUAAAGAUCCAGUUCAUCUCAAGAUAAUUGGGAAGAAAGGCGCGGCCAGUGACAUCCCCAUCUUUGCAGAUGAUGCGAAACUCUCCUGGGCAUGGGAACACCAGACCGGGCACAUACCGUAUGAAGGUCCUGAAGCCCUUUCUUGCGACGGGACUGUGCUCACGCAUCCUCCCCAGUUCUUAUGCACAUCCAUGGCACGAUGAGCAGCCCUCAGGAGCAGCUGAGCUGGUCUUCCUCUCCCACUUUGACCUUGAGUGAGAACAGAGCCUUUGGCGGGCUUCAUGACGAGCGCACGUCCCCCAGGAGCCACCCUUCCCCCAAGCUCUUUGAGGAGGUGGGAGAGAAGGGGGUGCUGCAGGCCGAGCUAACAGAGGGCCUGAGCAGCCCUGUCGCUACGACAGCACUGACCAGUGUCAGCGAGGACUCAAGGGACCAGUUUGAGAACAGUGUUUUGCAGCUCAGGGAACAAGAGGAAUCUGAGACAGCCACUUCUCAGGGCAACGGUCACGCUGGCGACGGAGAGAACACUAGCGGCACAGAGGACGUGAAGAUCCAAUUCAGCCGAUCAGGCAGCGGGAGUGGUGGCUUCCUCGAAGGCCUUUUUGGCUGCCUGAGGCCUGUCUGGAACAUCAUAGGCAAGGCCUACUCCACCGACUACAAGCUCCAGCAGCAAGAUACCUGGGAGGUGCCCUUCGAGGAGAUCUCGGAGCUGCAGUGGCUGGGCAGCGGGGCCCAAGGCGCCGUCUUCUUGGGUAAGUUCCGAGCCGAGGAGGUGGCCAUUAAGAAGGUGCGGGAGCAGAAUGAGACGGACAUCAAGCACCUGCGAAAGCUGAAGCACCCCAACAUCAUCGCCUUCAAGGGCGUUUGUACCCAGGCUCCGUGUUACUGCAUCAUCAUGGAGUACUGCGCCCACGGGCAGCUCUAUGAGGUCCUGCGAGCGGGGAGAAAGAUCACUCCCCGGCUGCUGGUGGACUGGUCUACGGGGAUCGCCAGCGGCAUGAAUUACCUCCACCUCCAUAAGAUCAUCCAUCGGGACCUGAAAUCACCCAAUGUAUUAGUCACUCAUACAGACGCAGUCAAAAUUUCUGACUUUGGCACCUCGAAAGAACUCAGUGAUAAAAGCACAAAAAUGUCGUUUGCUGGCACCGUGGCAUGGAUGGCCCCCGAGGUGAUCCGAAAUGAGCCGGUCUCAGAAAAGGUGGACAUCUGGUCUUUCGGGGUGGUGCUGUGGGAGCUGCUGACAGGGGAGAUCCCGUACAAAGACGUGGACUCGUCGGCCAUCAUUUGGGGCGUGGGCAGCAACAGUCUACACCUGCCUGUCCCCUCCACGUGCCCCGAUGGCUUCAAGAUCCUCAUGAAGCAGACCUGGCAGAGCAAGCCCCGCAACCGGCCUUCCUUCCGCCAGACGCUCCUGCACCUGGACAUCGCCUCUGCCGAUGUGCUCGCCACGCCACAGGAGACCUACUUCAAAUCUCAGGCUGAAUGGAGGGAGGAAGUGAAAAAGCACUUUGAGAAGAUCAAGAGUGAAGGCACUUGUAUACACCGGCUGGAUGAAGAGCUCAUCAGGCGCCGGAGAGAAGAGCUCAGGCACGCACUGGAUAUCCGGGAACAUUAUGAGCGGAAACUAGAACGUGCCAAUAACCUGUACAUGGAGCUGAGCGCCAUCAUGCUGCAGCUGGAGGUCCGGGAGAAGGAGCUUAUCAAGCGUGAGCAAGCUGUGGAAAAGAAGUAUCCUGGAACCUACAAACGGCACCCUGUGAGACCCAUCAUCCAUCCCAACACCGUGGAGAAGCUGAUGAAGAGGAAAGGGGUGUCUCAUAAACCGGGACUGCCGACAAAACGGCCAGAUCUCCUGCGCUCCGAAGGCAUCCCCGCCACGGAGGUGGCUCCCCAGGCAUCCCCGGUGUCCGGGAGCCCCAGAAUAUCAACUCCGGGCAGCAAAGGCCGAUACCGCAGCAAGCCCCGCCACCGCCGGGCCAAUAGCAAAGGCAGCCAUAGUGACUUUGUGGCCAUCUUGAAAAACCAGCCGGCCCAGGAGGCCUCCCCCCAGGGCACACUGCCCUGCCCGCCUCCUGCCCCCCUCCAUCCUCCCCAUCAUCACAGCGCCCAGCAGCAGCAGUACCCCCAGCCCUCGAGGCCCUCGGCCCACGACCACCACCCCAGCCUCAACCUGCAUGGGCAGGACAUCGCCAACUGUGCUAACAACCUGAGGUACUUUGGGCCCGCGGCGGCCCUGCGCAGCCCGCUCAGUAACCAUGCUCAAAGACAGGUGUCCGGCUCCAGCCCCGACCUCAUCUCCACAGCCAUGGCCGCGGACUGUUGGAAGGGCUCAGAGCCCCCGGGGAGCUUGGCCGGCCCUUGGGCCUGUUGUCAGGCAGACCCCUAUGACCCCUGCCUCCAGUGCCAGCUGGAGCCCAGCCGGCCACGCGAAGCAUCUUCAGAGCCAGAGGCCCAGAGCUCCAGCCUCCACCGGCCCGUGGCCCCAGCCCACGGCAGCCUCUGUGAAGCUGGGCAGGCUCCUGACAAGAGGGAAGCUCAAGAAUUCCAGGGCUGCCAGCCUGUGUCCUCCUUCAGCCCCCCCCAGCACAUGACCCCUCCGAUGCUACCUCGAAAAACGAGACCCCUUCAGAAGAGUGGUGACGACUCUUCAGAAGAGGAAGAAGGAGAAGUCGAUAGUGAAGUUGAGUUUCCCCGAAGACAGAGGCCUCACCGUUGUAUCAGCAGCUGCCAGUCCUACUCGACCUUCAGCUCAGAAAAUUUCUCUGUGUCCGACGGCGAGGAGGGGAACACCAGCGACCACUCCAACAGCCCCGAUGAGCUGGGCCGCCGGCUGGAAGACCGGCUGGCCGAGAAGCUGGAGGACCUGCUGUCGCAGACCCCGGAGAUCCCCAUCGAGAUCUCCACCCAGUCCGACGGGCUUUCGGACAAGGAGUGCGCCGUCCGCAGGGUGAAGACUCGGAUGUCCCUGGGCAAGCUUUGUGCCGAGGAGCAUGGCUACGAGAAUCCCGGGCCGCUGGGGGAGUCCGACUGUGACUCGUCCGACGGGGAGUGCUCGGAUGCCACAGUCCGUACCAACAAGCACUACAACUCGGCCACGUGGUAAAGAGAGCCAGCCGGCCAAGGCAGGUCACUCGCUGUCUGCUCCCCCAUCCUCCUCCCCAAAGUGAUCUGCAACAGCAGGGACGUGAGACUUCACAUCGCACCUCUCCUGAGGGGAAGAUGGCGUCCAGACGAAGUUAAUUCUCACCGAGCAUUUCAAUCAAGAAUGGCAGGGAUCUCUUUUAUUGACUCUUCUAGCUACUGUAACGCGAAUAUUUAUUUUUGUUUGACAUUUUAACACUUUGUACUGUAAAGAGUGAACUAUAUAUGGCAUAUGUAUAUAUUAUAUAUACAUACAGAGACAGACACAAUAAUUUGUUGCAAAAAAAUUAAGAAGGAAAUAGAAUUUAAGAGCAACGUCCCUCGAGUUUAUGGGGCCAGGAAUUAGUGCUGCUGAUUGAAUAGGGGACCAGGCCUUUGGGCCCUAGCAAUGAUGGAAAAGGCAUUGAAAAAAAACAGGGAACAGAGAAAAAAAACCCAGCAAUAUCCUGUAAUUUGCAAGCAGAGCUCCCAGCCGGACGAGGGGCUCAGGACUCUGGGCGGCGAGGGCUGGAGGCUAAGCUGCUCCCUCGGAGUGAACGGAGGCUGCUUUUAUUUCUCUGAUUUUUGAAGCAGCAUCUGGCUGUCAGGACCCCCUCCGUUUCUCCUGGGAGCUCCUGGGCUUCUCCAGGUUCUUCUGGGGCCAGCCCAAGCGUGACCUGGACAGGUCUGAGGACCGCUUGCACAGCUCAGGGAGCCCUGGGGCGUCUGAUUGCAGCUGGCCUGUGUCUUCUCCACCUCCUGUCCACUUUGCCUAGAGAAGGAGCCAGGGCGUCUGGGGCUGAGCUUAACAGGGCCGGCGUCAGCUUUCCAAUAGUGGUUCAAACCUGUCCCUUUAGUUUGUAUUUAUUAAUUCUUUACUAUUUAGAGAGCCUCGGGUAACCACCAGGUUAGUCUACAAGAGCCAGAUGACAUGGGAAGAUUCCCCAUUCUACCCUCCACCCCAAACCCUGAAACAGAAUGUGAUUGUAAGUGUAAUAUCCUUGGUCAGAGAAGCUUCACGUGGUGUUUACCUCUGGGACGUAGAAGGGUCCUGGAAGUAAACCCCGUGUACUGCUCAGGGCCUGUCCUGGGGCAGAAGACCACUCACCUCCAGGCCAAGGGCUCAGGAACCUUUCCAGGGGGGCUUCCCUCCACCCAGGGGGGAAGGAACUUCAGGGCGGACAAGUGUUAACCUGGGUCCCAUCCCCUGGCCCCAGCUAUGCUUUUAUGUCGAGCUCUCUCUCUCUCCCUCCCUCCCUCCUUCUCUCUUUCUUCCCCCUCGCCCCUGUCCUGCCCCAGGCCUAGGAAGUUGAGGCGGAUUUGGGCAGCACCCUGUCUUUGUAGAUUGAGGCAUAAAAAUGGUUCCAGAUCAAAGCAGUGUCAUUCCCUCCCCACCCCUACACUCACACACUAUACACACAGACAAAAUACACACGUGCACAUGCAUCCCUCCUGUGGGUCUCGCUGGCUGCACCGGCCUAGGAGGCGACUAGGGGCCAGUCUCCUUGACUCACUGGGUACAUCUGUUUGUUUACACGUAAUGUUGAGACAUUGAUUUUAAUUUUGUGGCUAUAAUUGAUAGCCCUUAGAUAGGAUCAAGGAACAGUGGGUUUCCUCCAUAGAGCAGUAUUGUACGAGCUAAAUUAUUCCAUUUUAUAAAAUUUCUGUAGCUGGACUACAUGAAAGGUCUUAAGUUCAGGCAUUUUUAUUGUUAUUAUUUUAUUAUUUUAUCAUCAUUGUUGUCAUGAUCACUUUUCUGUCGAUCAGAAGGUUUGGUUUACAGUGGAACACAAAUGAUUGCGUAUUUAUUGCUGACAGUGAACUGUGUGAUUUUAUAAAGGAACAAAAGAAACGCUACGUGGACGCGGUCCCUCAUUGGUCCUUGUGAGUGUGGCUGGGCAGAUGCCUAGAGCAACAAUCACCCGCUGCUGCCGCCUCGGCCGCGGGGCCCGGCCCGGAGACCGCAGCACAGCGGGCCUUCACUGGGUGUGCGCUAAUCGGCCCGAUCGGGUGAACGGACGAGCGACGGCCGACGCGUCCUACAGCCCCUGGUCUGCAGCAGGAGGCCCGGGAGAACUGCCCCGCAAAGCACAGGGGACCCAGAGAGUCCGGGUCAGAGCCGCGCCCGAGACCGUAGCACCCUGUGUCGCAGGGAAAUAAGAAAUGGAAUAAAACUCCUCCUCCCUCCCAA